CACACGGUUGCGUUGUCUGCUCGCAUUGGGGUGUUGGGGUUGAAGAGCUCAGUGAGCAGCCGGGAGCUGCUGGGCUGGGCACAGGGGAGAAGGUGUGGGGUGGCCACGGUGUGGGGUGGCCACGGGAGGGUGGUCCGGGCUACAAGAGGGCAUGGGAGGACAUGGUUAGAUAAGCACCAGGAACCCAGCAUCUUCCUUGUCUUGUGAGUGAACCAAAUCCCUCGGCCUGUGGAGGCGCCGCAGCCGGCCGGGCUCUGCGCGCAGCCGUGCGUGCCUGCGUGGGCACCCGGGGGGGGGACACGAUGCGCCUGAGCUCCGGGGGGAGGGAUCGCAUCGGCUGCUCCCCGGCGUGACGGCCACGCCGGACACAACCGCGCUGGAUGCCGUUGACCCGCCGGCAAGCCAAGGUGCUCCGAGGCUCCUGGGUGCAGAUGUCCUGUGGUAAGCCGUCCCCCCACAGAAGGCCCUGCCUGCCUUAGCCAGCCCGUCCUCUCAGGCAUCCUGCCAGCGAUGGCCUCGACACCCCAGUGAGGGGCGAAAGGACGAGGAGCGAGUCCCCCCCCCCCAACACCACCACGUCCUCCGGGAGAGUCAUGGAGGCCCCCCUGGACGUGCCCGUGGGGAACCUCAUCGACUUCGAUGCCGAAACGCCCGCUUGCAUCCCCUCGGAGCCCCCUCCGCCUGCUGCCCCCAGCGACAACGGGCACCCGGGAGACGUGGGCGGGGAGGAGAGCGAUGCCACCGAGUCAGCGGACAGCGAGAAUGACAUGGGCGACUCUCCCAGGCACUGGGGUGGCUACCGCCGUUCCUCCUCCAACGAGUCCUUCUCCUCCAGCCAGAGCACCGAGUCGGCCCGGGACGAGGCGACGGCCGAGCGCCGGGAGUUCAUGCGGCGCUACGUGGAGAAGAUCUUCACCGGGGGAGAGGAUUUGGACCAAGAAGAGAAGGCCAGGUUUGGUGAGCUCUGCAGCAGCGAGAACGGGAAGGGCAGGGAGUGGUUCGCAAGAUAUGUGAGCGCCCAGCGCUGCAACUCCAAGUGCGUCUCGGAGCAGACCUUCUACCGCCUGAUGCAGUCGUUCGCCCUCGUGUUGUUUGAGUGUCACCAGAUGGAUGACUUCAGCCCUGCCAAGAACCUCAUGACCAUGUGUUUCACCUACUACUAUGUGGGCAAGACCCACGCGCUGCCCUUGGAGGCCAAGGAGAAGCCCAUGGGCAGCAUCGACUCGUACCUGAAGUCGGCGAACAGUUGGCUGGCGGAGAAGAAGGACAUCGCAGAGAGGCUGCUGAAAAACACAUCGGCCAAGACGGAGAACGUCAAGGGCUUCUUCGGGGGCCUGGAGACCAAACUGAAGGGUCCUACCACCAAAAAGAGCGACGAAGGUGAGGACAAACCGAAGGAGAAUCUGAAGAAGACAGUUUCUGUGCAGAGCCCAGAGGAGGAGAAGAAAGGAGAGAAGAUCUACCUGUACAUGCACCUCAAGCAGCAGCCAAUCUGGCAUAACCUGCGGUUUUGGAACGCCGCCUUCUUCGACGCCGUGCACUGCGAGCGCAGGAAGCGGUCCCCCACCACCAGAGGGAACACUGGGGAGGAAGAGGAGAAGAGGGAGAAGUGGUGCCACAUGACGCAGGAGGAGCGCGACGACAGCCUCCGCUUCAACGAGAACAUCACCUUCGGGCAGCUGGGCACCUUCAUUCACAACAUGCUGGCGUUCGGCCUGAACAAGAAGCUCUGCAGCGAUUUCCUGAAGAAGCAGGCGACCAUCGGCAAUUUGGAUGAAGAGCAAUACAAGCUGCUCAGCGACCACAUUGAGCAAAUGGCCACUGAAUAAUCGCCUGGCCGGCACGCUGCGGUGGAGAGACAGCGGCCGGAGAGGGUGGGGAGGAGAGAGGAAACCCACCUCCAGGGCUACCUGAAACUGAAGCUGGGCUACUGAAAAAAAUCACACGCAGAAGCUGCAAUAAAACCUGCAUGAUCGUCUAUCAAACGUUAGAGCUGCACCAGGGCAGCCUGUAGAAAUAGGAGCCAAACAGCUCCCCCCCGUCCCUCGCCAGACCCUCCCACAUCUAUUUUCGGAGUAGGCAGUCGCAAAAGUGUAUUUUGUCAGUUAAAAAAAAAAAAAAAAAAGAACAACAAACAAACAAGAGAAAAGCAAAAAGAGAGCAAGUGGUGCAGCCCCCAGGUGUGUUUAUGAGAGCGGGAUCGCUGUGUCUCUGGUCCCCCUGUGAGAUGCUGCCUGUGAUCUUUGGUGUUCCGUAGAGCAAAGGCGGUGGGUGCAGAGCUGCCAAACACACUCGCUGCUCCGGUGCCUUUCCGAGGCUGCCGUGGACAGUGGUAAAUCCGGAGGGAGCCGAGGCUGUGAGUCUCCUGCUGCCUUUCCCCACCAGCAUCCGCUGGGCAUGACGGAGGCUGGAGCUGGACCAGGGACGCGGGAGGUGAUGGCAGGGACCACAUCCAGCUGCUGGGGCCGCAUCCAGCCACGAAAAAAACCCAGCGCCGGGGGAGAGCAGCCGACUCAGCUUCCAGUUUGACCCAUCGCCCCCAGCAGUGAGGCUCUGGGUGUUGGCAGCACGCGGGUUUGUCCUGGCAAUGCAGGAGCCGGCUGCUGAGGACGAUGAGGGGAUGCAGAAGCUGAUGGGAGGCUCUGGAUCAGUGUGGGAAGAGGUCGUGUUGUGUAUCCACGGAUGUCACCACCGGCCGGGGACAUGGGCAGUGCGGGGGGCUUGCUGGGAGCAGAGAUGGGGCUGGCAAAAUGCUGCUACCUUCCUCGAUAUAAAGCUUCUUGGGAGCCAGAGGGAAAUCUUUCCCUUGGGAAACCUUCCCUGCGCUGCCUGUGUGGUUUUGUACCUCCGGGCAGAGGGAAAACACAGUUUGCUCCAUAUCAUUAACCUGGAUCAGCAGGAAAAAAAAGCCAUGGCCUUGGGCGGGAGAGGAGACAGGAGCACGGCGUGAAAGCAGCUUGGGAGGAGGUAGCAAAGCAGCGGCGAGGCAGAACCCCCCUGUGCCCACUCCCUGCUGCAUCGCCAGCACCGGGGCUGCUGCGGGCUUGAGGCAUUUCCCGAAGCCUCCUGGUUUCCCACAGCAGCCGGGAUAUUAGAUUAAUCUCCCUCCUUCCCCGGGGCUGCACCUCUGCUUCCUCAGCCCCUUCGCUCCAGCUGAUCAUCAAUCAAACCUGAAAUAGCCCUGUCUUAAGUACAUCUCCUAUUCUGCUCGAGUGACGGCAGCUACCCGGUAUGCAGUGUAUCUGUUUUUUUUUUUUUUUUCCCCCAAGGACCUUGGCACAGCGUUUGCAGAGAGGCUGGGGACACGGGGACAUCGCUGCACCCCUCCUGAUCUGAUGGGACCUGGUCAGCUCUGCCCAUGGGGUCAGAAAACCCCAGCCCCACGGAGCCAAGGGGCCAGCACUCAGUAUCCCCCCCCCCCCCCCCCAACAUUGUCCUGAAACGUAAGUCCAGGUUUCAAGGGACCAUCCGUCUGUUUUUCCCCAUGCUGUCAGCUGUAGCCUCCAAGAUAAAUAGCAUAACAGGGUUUUUUCGAUGUAGCUCUUAGUUUCUGGUGUCAUUUCCUAGCAUCAAAAUGAUACUUUUUCCCUAAGCUGGGCUUCCCUCGCUGCUGGGGCUGGGACUCAGCUCCACGCUGGGUCUCGUAGGAAGGAUCGGAUCCAGCACUGGCUUUCCCUUUGCCAUUCCCAAGCCUGGGCAGAGUUACUGGACAAAGGUUUUUGUUGGGGCGAGGGGCUGCUGGCGGGGACUAAUGUUCACUUUGUGCUCUCUGGCAUCCCUCACCCCAGCAAAAACCUUUCAGGUGGAAAGGGUGUGCUGGAGCACGAGCAUCGGGCAUGCCGGAGCAUCCCAUCCCCGUGGCAUCCCCAGAUCAGUCUCUACUCGGGUCUUUCGUGAAUCCUGCUUUGUUUCUUUAUUAUUAUUUUUUUUCCAACAUGAAGAAAAAAGUUCAGUGGUGAAAUAUAUAUUAUUUGCAUGUGUAUUUUUCUAAAAAAAAUAUAAAUUAAAAUAAAAUUUAAAAAUGUCCAUAAACCCUUCUCAACUCAGACUGCGUGAAAGAUGGGGUGAGAGAGAGAGAGAGAUUGGAAUAAAUUGUCUUAAAAAUUA